AUGGUCGAUAAAGACAGCACGAGACAUGAAGGGAAACUGUACGAACCGGUGCCACAAGGUUGGCCCACUGAUGUAGCCACAUUGAAGGACUCUUCUUUACCCAAAUGGCACAAUGUUCUUCUGUCUAGCAGCUUAUUUCUCAUACCAACACCAUUUAUAGUACUCGCAGUGUACAUCGUUUCUCUCAACCAGCAACCUGAGUCGCAACUCGGAAGUCGCGUUUUAGAGGCUGCGAGCAUUGCCGCAACGUUAUGGCCCAUCGCAUUUGCAGCUGUGCUUGGUACGGUGUUAAGAAGUGUCGCACUGUACAGUUGCGAGAGAGGGACAACACUUGGUACACUUGAGACCUUACUCGGCAGCCUUACGUUGACGAAUACCCUCAAGUCGUUCUUCUGGGUAAAAUUGUUCAGCUUUUGGUCUCCAGUCCUGAUGUUAGCAUGGACUUUGAGUCCUCUGGGUGGCCAAAGUGUGCUUCGUGCUGUGUCUCUGCAAGCUGAGACAGUUUCUUUCGACUUUCCCACCAUCUCCUACCCGUCCACUAACUUGAGCGCCGGGUUUGAUAGACUACCAGCUCUGUAUGCACUGCCUUUUGGUCUGCGAACAAUAUUUGGAGCAGCAUUCUCAUCGUCGGCCACCCGUUUAAUGCACGUGAAUGGGUCAAGCCCUAAUUUCACAGAAAGCUUGGAACAGGUUGGUGAACCUGACGAGGCAAGGAGACUUUGCAAACAAGAUGUCUGGGGCAAUGUGCGACUUCCGUAUUUGCAUUUGCUCGAUGGAUAUGAUUCUGACAAACCCCACAAAUGGGUGUAUGUUCCGAAUGACACAAUUCCGCCCUAUGAAUCCCUUGUCGGGAUACCGAUCCGUGGAGUACCAACCAUGCGAGCUGGAAACUCUACUAUGAUGGUUCAAUCAUCAUACAUUUCGUUAUCGUGUAAGCCGUGGAUUAAUGGAACCGCUUGGCUUCAAGACAAUAUAUCACAGCUGGUUCUGGCUGAUUCUAUUGCCUCUGAAGGCACCAUCGGCCUCAACUACCUCAACCAUUCCUUCUUCCAAGAAUACCGCGAGAGCAGGGAGUCGAUAUUUGGCUCACCCAAUGCACCACCAAAUUUCCAAUUGGACAUGAUUAAGGACAAAUAUCUCAACGAGACUUGGAAAGGUAUCAACUCUACAGUCCUGGAUACGAGUCGGGAUCGACCAUUAAAGCAGAACUUGGCCUUCUUUGCCGCCAGCGUCAACGACUCUAGUGAUCGAUUUUCCUGGGGUAUGACCACUUGCAGCCCCAGCACUUCCUAUGUUGAUGCUGAGGUACGAUGCUCCCGGUCUACUGACUUUGGAUUCCUCUCAUGUUCCGUUGAGAGACUACGACACACAAAAGGACACACCAUCAGGGCAAACACCUCUGUGUUCUCAUUUUCAUACAACCUCCCGGUACUAGCGUGGACCACUCGCCUCAUUCCAGACCCUGAAGGAGGGCAGAAUGACUUACUCAACCUCUUUCUUCGAGAUCCAACCCUGGCACGCCCGAUUGGCGAGUUCUACAAGUUCACCGAGUUUAUUACGCCACCACCUUUGGACAAAUUACCACUCUCGAUCUUUGAAGCUAGAUUGGGAGCCAUCCUGAAUACAGUUAUCAGAUCUUCAUUUGAGCAGUCCAUCAUUGUUGGCGCCGAUGGGAUAUCGCCAGCUUCGAAAGUCAUGUCAGACAGAUUCAUCAAUAACACCAUUACACCCCUGGCAGACUGGGGGAACAGCACGGGAACUUGGACUGAAUUUGCUGGAAACGUGUACAAGGUGGAUUGGCUCUGGAUGAGUCUUUAUGGCAUAUCCCUCUUGGCCAUGAUCAUCUUUACUAUUGCAAACGUUGCAUUACAAUGCAAAAUUCGGAGUCCAGACAUCUUGAGUAGUGUCUCAAUGCUGACAAGAGACUCGCCAUACGUCGCAGUGCCGGCUGGUGGCAGUAUGCUGGGAGGAAUUGAGAGAAUAAGGCUACUGAAGAAUGAGCAUGUAAGAAUAGGCGAUGUCCAGCCAGGGCGUGAUAUAGGGAAAGUCGCAUUCAGCAAUUGGGACGGAACUGCAGUGCUUGACCGUGGACGGAGAUAUAUUUGA